CUCAGUUCCACUCCAGAACAGUAGGUGGCGGUGUGGGGCACAGUGCAUUUAAAAACCAAAACAGACGAUGCUGAGGGAAACCGAGUCGGAGUAAAAUAGAUCUAAAGAGGAGGAAGUAUCUGAUUGUUUUUGGCGAAUUUUGACCCUAAAAUAUAAGUUCGCAAUGAACCUGGAACGACUUCCUAACGAGGAGAAACUUACCCUCUGCAGAAAAUAUUACUUGGGAGGCUUUGCGUUUCUCCCUUUCCUAUGGCUUGUCAAUGUUGUCUGGUUUUUUCGGGAGGCCUUCAUAAAACCUGCCUACACUGAACAGCUGCAGAUAAAAACCUAUGUACAGCGGUCAGCAGUGGGAUUGCUGUUAUGGGUGGCAGUUCUCACUACAUGGAUUACCAUUUUCCAGCACUUCAGAGCACAGUGGGGGGAAGUGGGAGAUUCCCUGUCCUUUACAAUUCCACGUGGCACUCCAUAAGACGUUUUUCCAUAAUGCAAAAUGAAAAAAGAAUGAUCUACUGUUAUGGACCAAAAGAGGGGAGAAAAGUCCUUUUUAAGUGCAGUGAAACAUUUUGGUCUGUAUAUCUAUUGCUGCACAUCUCCGAAGCUGAUUAAUAUUUUAAGUAACUGUCACAUUUUUGAAAAAACUUCUUGGCUGUCUGUUUGUUUUCUUGCUACCGAGACAUUCAUGAGAGGCUUGUUCAUCUCUUACGUGUUAGAAUGAUUGAGCUGAAUGUACAGUCACAUUUCUUCAACACAGUGAGGGAAUUCAUUAACCUCCAUUUUGCUCUUUUUAAGAAAUGAUGGGAUGACUGUCGGCCAAAACAUAAGGAAAAAAAAAAAACAUUUUUAUUUGUGAAUUCUGCUGAAUAAAAGUCUUCUCUCAUAA